GGGAAAGAAAAUAGAGUGCUGAAAGGAUACUUUGAAUUCUGUAUUUUCUGGUUAGCAGAUGCUCUAUUACAGAGAUCCCUAAUCAGAAAUCUGUUACUAUUACUCCCAUCUCUAUCCGCAAAUACACAUAACAAUUCUAAGUGCAGGCUUUCCCUUUGAUGAGAGGUUGCUGGUGCGAGGGUGAUGCCCCAACUCGCUCCUUGCAUGAAGAUGCGCAGCUUCACAGAGCUCAGCUGCUCCUAGCUCAGCAAGCAGGGCCUAGAAAGCCAUAACAGCCCUGCUGGGCUUAUCAGCACUCUCUGCUUGUCGGUUUUUUUGUUUUUUUUUUUCCUGGCACCAAUCCCUGCUCCUGCUUUCACGGAUGAUACCACCGGGAGCUGGAGGAUGGUGGGAAUAGUCCUACUGCUAUGGAAGGAUGCUGCAACUCUCCUCUCGGUGCUAGGUCUGGUCCAGGCGCUUCACCCGCUGUUAAUCAGCCCCGGGUCGGCGGGGCCGGGUCAGGAAAGCGUUAACCUUCCUUGCAAUGCUGCAUCCCAGCUCACGGUGGAGCUGCCUUCCUCUCUUCCACCCCCAACUUCCAAUUCACUCCAAACAACUCCGGGACAGAAUUGCAGGGAAAAGCUGGAGGUUCAGACUAGACUUGUUGAUCUCCGUUUCGAGGCAGCAGAAGGAAGUACCGAAGCUUUCCUUUGUGUCUUCACCAAGAGAAGGGUGGGGGAAGGGGGCAGAUGCGGCUUCGGAGUUGACGGCAGGCAGGAGCGAGGAGCCGCAGCUGAGGGAAGGCCUUGGAAAGCUUCCUGCCGAGGGAUCCGAUUUACCUCGCUUCCCUUCCCCCCGCCCCCCGGACUCCGUGGCCAGACGGGAGCGCGGCCGCCAUCCCUCCGCCUCGAGGCUGCCCGCGGGGGGAUGCGAGCGGGGCCAUCCCGGCUGCCCGCCCCGACGCACGAUGUAGCCGCCCUCGGUCCCGCACAGCCCCGCGCCGCCUCGCUGGGAGCCCGCAGGAGGAGCUCUGGGGCAUGGAGGGGAAGGAGAGGUGAGGAGAGCCGGCCCCCCGCGCACCCUGCCCCACACCGCACCUUGGAGCAUCCAGCUUGAGGGGGACCAGCGAUGCCUCUGGGGAUGAAUAAACAUGGAUCUCGCUCUACUACCUCUUUGCCUCCGGACCCCACGGAGAUCGUCAGAAGCAAGGCCUGCUCCCGCAGGGUCAAGCUCAAUGUGGGGGGGCUGGCCCACGAGGUUCUCUGGCGGACCUUGGACAGGUUGCCACGGACCAGGCUGGGUAAGCUCAGAGACUGCAACACACAUGACUCCCUCAUGGAGAUCUGUGAUGACUACAACCUGGAGGAGAACGAGUACUUCUUUGACAGGCAUCCCGGGGCAUUCACCUCAAUCUUGAACUUCUACCGUACUGGCAAGCUGCACAUGAUGGAGGAGAUGUGCGCCUUGUCCUUCAGCCAAGAGCUGGACUACUGGGGGGUGGAUGAGAUCUACUUGGAGUCCUGCUGCCAGGCCCGCUACCAUCAAAAGAAGGAGCAGAUGAAUGAGGAGCUGAAAAGAGAAGCUGAGACAUUGAGGGAAAGGGAAGGGGAGGAAUUUGAUAACACUUGCUGCGCUGACAAAAGGAAAAAGCUCUGGGACCUCCUGGAGAAGCCCAACUCCUCCGUAGCGGCCAAGAUUUUGGCAAUCAUUUCCAUCAUGUUUAUUGUACUAUCUACAAUUGCCUUGUCCCUAAACACACUUCCAGAACUACAAGGCGUGGAUGAAUUUGGGCAGACCACAGAUAAUCCUCAGCUCGCCCAUGUGGAAGCAGUGUGCAUUGCAUGGUUUACAAUGGAAUACCUCUUACGGUUCCUAUCCUCGCCUAAGAAAUGGAAGUUUUUCAAAGGCCCACUGAAUGCUAUUGAUUUGCUAGCCAUCCUACCAUACUAUGUCACUAUCUUUCUCACAGAAUCCAAUAAAAGUGUACUUCAGUUCCAAAAUGUACGACGAGUGGUCCAAAUAUUUCGGAUCAUGAGGAUACUCCGGAUUCUAAAGCUUGCCCGGCACUCAACAGGUUUACAGUCCUUGGGGUUUACACUGAGGAGAAGUUACAAUGAGCUUGGCUUACUCAUCUUGUUUUUGGCCAUGGGCAUUAUGAUCUUUUCCAGCUUAGUGUUUUUUGCAGAAAAGGAUGAGGACGAUACAAAAUUCAAGAGCAUCCCAGCUUCUUUCUGGUGGGCAACAAUCACCAUGACAACAGUAGGCUAUGGAGAUAUCUACCCCAAAACACUUUUAGGUAAAAUAGUAGGAGGACUGUGCUGCAUUGCUGGAGUGCUGGUGAUUGCUCUUCCUAUCCCAAUUAUUGUCAAUAACUUCUCUGAGUUCUACAAAGAGCAGAAGAGGCAAGAGAAAGCCAUCAAGCGCAGAGAAGCUCUUGAAAGGGCCAAAAGGAAUGGUAGUAUCGUCUCCAUGAAUAUGAAGGAUGCAUUUGCCCGUAGUAUAGAACUUAUGGACAUUGUGGUUGAAAAGAAUGGAGAAAGCAUAGCCAAAAAGGAUAAAGUUCAGGACAAUCAUUUAUCUCCCAACAAAUGGAAAUGGACCAAGAGAACGCUCUCUGAAACUAGCUCUAGUAAAUCUUUUGAAACUAAAGAACAAGGGUCUCCAGAAAAAGCUAGGUCAUCUUCAAGCCCUCAACACCUGAAUGUCCAACAGCUAGAAGACAUGUAUAACAAAAUGGCAAAGACUCAGUCACAGCCAAACCUUAACACUAAAGAGACGAGUCAAUCUGGAAAGCAAAUGGAAGAGCUAGAAAUGGAGACCCUUCCUGGCCCUAUGGUGCCCUUGCUGACAACUCGCACCGAUGGGAUCAUUGACAUGAGGAGCAUGUCCAGUAUUGACAGCUUCAUAAGUUGUGCUGCAGAGUUCCCUGACUCUGGGAGGUUUUCUCACAGCCCACUCGCUACCCUUCCCUGCAAAGGUGGCAUUAAUGUGAUUCAGGAGCAGAGCAGAGCGGAAGGGAGCAGUGCCAGAUUUGCAGAUAUAAACACAAGCUCUGAAGGCAGCCACCGUUCUGCUUUUUUCAUAGAAAGUCCAAAAAGCUCCAUAAAGGCCAGUAACCCUUUAAAACUAAGAUCUCUGAAAGUCAACUUCAUGGAGGAGGAUGCCAGCACGUUAGUACCAGCAUCAAAUGUCCUGAGAAUAUAUCCAGACACUCUCAAGAGCAGGGGAGCCACUGCUGCCACCGGCACAGAUACUUCCUUACUCUCAGACAGAUCUCUCAUGAGCCCAGAAACCUCCAUCUACACAACCGCAAGUGCGAGAACACCUCCAAAGUCACCAGAGACACAGACAGCCAUAGCUUUCAACUUCCACGAUGCCGGUAUUCACAAAUACAUAGAUGCUGACACUGAUGAUGAAGGUCAGCUGCUUUAUGAUUCAAGUCCUCCUGGAAAUGUGAGUCCUAAGUACAAUAUUACAAACAUUGGUUAUCUAAAGCAAAAAGACAAUGUUUAUAGAACAGAGAAGAACCAUCUAGAAGCUGCUGCUUUACCCACCUCCCCUAAGCUAAUAGGGCAAAACUGCAUUUAUUCUAUGGAAGGCAUCACUGGAAGAACCCAGGGCAAUCAGGAGACUGUCAGACUAGAAAAUCAUAUUUCCCCAGAAGUCCAUGUAUUACCAGGCAGUGGAGGACAUGCUAACACACAUGAUCAAAGCAUCUGAGCAGGCUCCAAGAGAACUUACUAAAAGAUUAAAGGAAUGUCCUUACAGUCAACUCAAAACAAACAAACAACAAAAAACAAAAAAUAAGCAAACAACAACAAAAAAACCAUCAAAAAAACAAAAAACAAAAAAAAAGAGCUUCUGCAUGGCAUGAACUUGGCUGAAACAAGCCAUCCGUUUCUAAAAGUCUGAGGGGAGGUCCAGUGUGGGUUUGUGAAAAUGUCCUUCUCUGAAACAACUUUAUAGACAUUGCCCACAUCAGUCAAAAAUAAGGAUUGCAAAUCAUGAUCACACAUUGAUCUCCUUUCAUGUUGUCCAGUGAAGCCAAUGUGACCAAAUAUCCAUCCAUUCCCCUUGAACGCUAGAGCUCCUUUUGGAAAUAUUAACACCUGAUGUGCGUUAGUUCCAUAAAGGAUGCCAAGGCAGCCAGAUAUGAACUCUGGAAUAAUUUGCUGGGGUUGGUAUAAAGCUAUCUAAAACACAAUGCUCUCUGCUUCAGGGCAGCUGUUCCUCAUCUACAGCUUUCUCUGAUGGAUAUUAUGUCUAAAGGUAACAGGGAACACUUGCAUUAUUAGAAAAAUCCAAGUGAAAACCAUUUAAAACAAAUAGCGGUCUAGAGAAACCAGUUAUUAAAAUGCUCUGUGUGUGUUUAACAAUACUAUAUCCUGUAGGACCUGACGUUUUCUUUUUGAAACAUCAGCAGGGUGAGUUGCACCACUUGUAUCUAACUCCAAACACCCUUUAGGACGUAGUGAAACUCGCACUUACCCUCUGCUAAAAUCGAAAGCUGCCCUUGGGCCAGCACGUGGCCCUUGGGGCACGCACAGCCCAUGCUGGGAAGGUGAGAAGGAGCCAUGCAGAAGCAGGGAUCUCCGGCGGCAUCGCAGCCCUCUUCCCGCAGCUGGGGAGCAUGGGGCUGGAAGGGGAGCUCAGCUCCUCUCCAGGCUCCCAGCUGCACCAUGGCAGCUCCCGGCCCUACAGGGAUGGCCGAGCGCAGUAGCUGGCCCUGAGGUUUGGUCCAGGCCUGGCCGGCUCCUCGGUCCUACCCUUCCCACCCGCGCCCUGACUUCAGGCAUCUGCUGAAGUCUAACCCUUGGCGUAGGAGAGGAACCAGUUGGUCUGAAGCUUUUCGCGCCCACAUGGCGUGGUGAAAGAUAUGCAAGCGUUACAUAAAUAUGCAAAAAGAGGGAUUCUUUAGCUACCCGCCCCGGGCCUGGUUGUGCUCUCUCUCGUGAGGAGGUUGGGUGGGAGCAUCUCCUGCCAUGUUGGUGCAUCCAGCAGCGCAGGGAGACUGCCAGAGACAGCAGGACCAGGCCUGAUGUUUUAAUAGCAUCCACUCAUUUUUAAGUGAAAGAAGAAAAAAAAUAAAUAAAAAAAAUAAUUAAAAAAAAAAGAGAGAGAUUUGACCAUUUUAAGUGAACAGAACUAGCAGCCACCAGCCUAGGUUUUUAAAAUAUUAUUAUUUCAAUAAAGUUCUGUCAAAUUGUGUAGGAAAUAAUUUGUCUUUGGUUUUUAAUACGGGGGGGGGAAAAGCACUUUACGUUGACUUUCUGUUGUUGUUGUUGCAAUGCUGGAGUAGGAUAGCAGAGUGUAACAAUCAAGCACUUUAACCAAGCACUAUUUUAAUUUGUGCCUCCUGUCGUGACUGUGAUUUGUUACACGCCGGUAGCAAGUCACAACCUGUCCUGUGAUAACUGUGAUGGUAAUCUUUUAUGUUGUUAUCCGUUUCUACUGUAAAACUCAGCUGUAAAUAACUCUGUCAAUAAGCGUUUCCUGACCUAUUUCGGAGCACCUGCCGGGGCGUGUAGCUAUCUGUAUGCAACAGGUCUUGGGGCGUGCGGAGGCAUGGGACUCGGGAGCAGAGGCGCACGCUGGAGGAAGACCAUAACCAUGCGAGCCUGCUGCAUUUUGUCCCUUCCCCUUGUGAAAAAGCCGUUGGUUGGUCCUGAAUGUAACUGUCUGUCCGUCCGAGCUGUACAGUACUUCUGUCUGUAAUCCAUAGUAGUGAAUGCAGCAUGUACGGACAAAAGCAAUAAGCACAUAUCUGUUUUAGGAACUGUUAUGGGUUAUGAUGAUAGCUUUGCUAGGUCUCUCUGUGGCACAAACCCACACGCAUGCUGGAGCAGUGGUCCCACUGGGUUCCUGGAGGUGGGAUGCAGCCCAAGGCACUGCUCACUCAUCCUCCUUGCCUCCUGCAAGGCCAGGCCCUAGGGAAUACACAAGUGAGACCUGAGCCACCACCUCAUGAAUUCGCCCGCUGGCAGUGGAAGAGGCCUCGUGUCAUGCAGAGAAUUACGUGGGAGGUACUCAAACUCAAUGAGUUGCUCAAACUCAGUGCGAGCAAACUGUGCUCUCCAGAGUAUUUACACAGGGCCAAUUCCUGAGGUUCCUCAGCUUUUGCUCUGUCUUCACUCAGUCAAAACCACCAUUCCUCCAAAUGGGCUCUUUGCCAGGUGAAGGACUUUAGGAUUUGGCCAUAGUAAAUACAAGUGUACUUAAAGGAACUGAUGUAUUGCUAGUUAAGAUUGAAUCGUUACGAAGAAGUAAAGUGACUUUCCAGCAGAUAAGCUUUAAAUACUGAGUUAUUCUGUGGCUUUCAGAGGCCAUGGAGUGGCAAUGAGAAAUUUUAACGAGAACAGUCUUAACAUAACCUCUAUGUUUCAGUGAUCAUUCAUGUCUGCCAUCAGCACAAAUGUAAAAAGGAAAAAAAAAUAAUCAGGGACAAUUUUUUUGAUAAAGUAAGUAAUAGUGAUUUCCGAGCUAAAUAUUUUUAGAGCUGAUGCUUUCAUGUGGAAAAAAAGUCAUAUUUUACAUAUCACAAAAGUGAGCAUAUUUAAAUAUAGCCAUAUAGUGUAGUAUUUACCACACUUUCAUCCAAAUUGAUGUAUUUGGUUUAUAGAUGGCACUGACAAAAAUGUAUAGAUCAACGAUUCUAUCAUUUUUAACUGAUAAUCAACUGGUGCAACUCUCCUUGUAACCAAAGGCCCUCUGUUUGCCUUGUGUGUUCACUUACGACACAUAUCUUAUAUCAUCUAUUUAGUCCUACCUUUAAAGUAGCAUUUUAUUGAGUCACUUUUGAAAGCCAAAUUCAAAAGUAUCAUUCAAAAUCUACCUUUUAAGUCUGAAUAGCCAAAGUCCUAUAGAUUUCUUAUAGAAAGCAAAUAAUUUAAAAUUCAGCAUAUAAUAUGCUUGAAGAGCAUUUCUUUCUUAUUUGUGUAUGAAGAUGUAGCUCUCAUUUUGUGCCCAGUUAAAAAGGAAGUAUGUUUAAUUUAUUUUAAUGAAAUAAAGUCUGAUUAUGAAGUAUGUACCUAUAUAUGUGUGUGUGUGCAUAAUACACAUAUAUAUAAUGUAAGCACUGGGAAAUCUACUCUAACAUAAAGCUAUGAUAGACUAAAUCUGUACUCAUUACAAAAGGAAAGGCAGUGCUUUGAAAACAUAAUGCUCACUAAAUCCUAUAGAUACUAGAAAGACAAUUUCAUUUUAUAGUGUGUUUGGUACAUAUCCCCCAGAGCUCAUCGAAGUAAGAGCAAAUAUGCAAUAUCUCUUGCAUCAAGCUAAAGUGUGCAGUUUAAUCACUGAUAUUUGGCAUUCAGGUCUGUGAACUUACUGUGUAGCCUGUAUCAAGCAAGAUGACAGUUUCACCUGCUGCUGCAGAAGAUGUCAUAUCUGAAAGGACUAUGUACAUGUGAUGUCUGCUCUAGCUUGUAUCUUACGCCAUCAACACCAUUUUUAAUACAUAUAUAUAAAUAUAUAUAUAUAUAGAAUAUAUAUAUUUGCGGGAGGAAUGGGUGCAGUUUUCUUAACUAGGAAGCAAAGAUCCUUUGAGUUUUAGCCUUGAACAAAGGAAAACAGCAGUCACUUAUUGCAGUAGAUUUCUCAGUGCCUUUUCUUAGAAACUUCACCUAAGCACACUUAAGGAAAACUAACUAAAACAAAACAGUCUCCUGUGAAAUCCACAUUUUCUGAAAGGUUUGAGAGUCUAUAAAGGUAGGAAAAGAAGAAAAAAAUAAAUAAAGAGGAAAAGAAAACCCAUGGAACGCACAUUCCCUUUCUCAACAUGCCGAGUGUCACACGCCGGGGAAUUUGUCUGUGCAAGGCACGCAGGAAGGAGUCCAAGACGGUUGGUUUCUUUGGCAACUAUGGCUGUGAUAAACUGUAGCCUUUUCUUCCCUUGCAGCUAAUAAGAUACACAUUUCUAAGGAAAACAGUAUUCUCUUCUGUAAAGUUGUAAUGUAUUGUUAAUAUUUGUACCUAUUGUAUAUUUAUGUCUUGACAGAAUUAUGACUGGUACAGUUUAUAGUAAACAACAAGGGUAUUUAAAACUCAUUACAAAGACAACGUCUCUAAAGCCAAGUUCUCUCUCUGUUGGUAAGUUCCCCAUAACACGAUCUCCCAUAGUUUUUAAUGCCUCAUUUCAAAGCAAGCAGUAGAAUUAUUGAGUAAAGCAGCAGAGCGAUGGGGACCGUGUGGCACUGAUGCCCUUUGUGCAGCUCAGUCAGGAGCAAGAUGGGGAGGUGGGCUUCCCAGCAGCUCCAAAUUGGCUCCAAAUUCUUCAGCAAAGCGCUUGUGUUUGGUCAAUCAUUUCUGCUUAUGGUAAUUGAACAGAACAAGUGUUACCUUAGAUUGCUUUAGGAUCAGCCACCUGGGGAGAAUAUGGCUUUAAAUAGUUCUUGAAUAAAGUACAGAUGUUUUAGUUACCUCUGUACCUUCUGUUUGCCAUUGUGUUGGCUUUAUAAGUAUCUGAUGUAUGGAAAAGUCAUGUGACUUUCAUGCAUUCCAGAGUAGUCUAUUUUUCUGUUCAGAUUAAAAAAAAAUAAAAUAAAAUUAUAUUUAUAUAUAAAAAUAUAAAUAUAUAUAUAUGUAUUUUUAGCAAAUUUAUAAUAGGGCAAUCAAGUCAGAUCUCUUCUUUUUGUAUUACAGAAUAAUAUAUUAUAUGCUUUCUUGUUCAUUUACAUAGCUGGUCCCCUAACUUUUUUGUUUCAUCAUUUUCCUUCAUUCUGAAAACACCCGCAGCAUCCCUCCUGGAAGUGCGUCUGCAAAAGGUCACUAAGUUUGUCUGAUGUUGUCAUGUUUUUGUAUUUUCCUGUUUGUGGUAUGUAAAAAUAGCCAGAGAUUGGCUAUGGAAACUAAGUUUUUCUUUCUGAGAAACAAAGAAGAGGCCAAACUAACCCUGGUUAUGGCAAUACUGGUGCGUAACAAUCAAUACCACUGGCUUCAGCGUUAGCCAUAGCCUGGGUUUCAGUGGAGUUUUUUCAGAUUUACAUCAAUUAAGAUAAGAUCAUGAAGACAGGAUAUGAAUCUGAUUGUCCUAAUUAUUAUGAUAGAAUUGGGAUAAGUAUCUCAUUUCUGUUUUAAUCAAAACUGAAAAGUCAGACUCUUAUUUCAAGGGCAGUGACCUAGCAAUGCCCAGGCAAAACUCUAUAGCUUCUAAAUCCAGGGGAAAUUUCCCUGGGUUAAAACAGAAGGAUCAAGAUUUAUUUCUCACUGGGUUUUUGGAAUUUCUUCUUUCAGUCCCAGGUAAAAUCAAGAAAUGGGGAAGAAAAAAAAGUAAGAUAGUAAAAAAAAAACCAAAUGUACACAUUCAGGAAGAGACUGGAUUUGGCUGAAGUAAAGAUCACCCCUGUACCUGCUUACCUAGUGAUCUUGCUUGCUCCUUCAUAGCUGUACCAUCACACAGACUCAAUAAGAAUGAGAUAAACAUGCACCCAGGACCUGUUGAAGUCUAGCAUGACAAAGAGAUUCAAAUUGUCUUUUAACUCCACAGAAAAGUUUUGGCUUGAAUCAGCCCAACAGUUUGUUCAGUGAUAAUUUUUUCCAUAGUUGGAAUUUUGGUCUCUUUUCCUGUCUUAACCCCAAAGCAAUCUCUUUUGUGUGACUUUCUUAUACGCUCACCACAAUACCCAGUAAAUCUGAAAUAAUGUAUGUGAUUACAUAUCAGCAAUACUUAUUUACACACAAAGUGAUUAAAACCAGGUGGGGUUUUUUGGUUGUUUGGUUGUUUUUGAAAACAACUAGUGCAAUAACCUAUUAUAUCUAUCAUAAAAGAUCCCAUAAAUCUCUUCAAAAUGCAGUUUCCAUAUCACUAAGUUCAUCUGAACAUAUUUAACAACACCACAGCAAGCUUUUAGUCUUGCCAGUCUGAAAUUUACUCCUGCCGGUAGCCCUCCCACUGAAACAGAAAUGACCCAGAUACCAACCAGCCCAUCAAGGAAGUAAUGUUUGUUUUUCAGCAUGCGUUUUGCACCCCAUGCUGAACAGAUCCAGGCUCUUGCACUGAAACUUUGUCUUGACCAGACAAAGGAAAAUUUAGGAAAUCUGAAUGUUUGCAUUCAGGAUGUGUAUCCCCUUUGUUGCUGGUGUUACCUAAGCUACAAAUAAGUGUCCUUUGACACCAACGGUAGGGUGCCACAAGUGUUCAUAUCUGUAAAUACUAUUCAGAAUUUUGCUUUGCUUGAUUCUGGCUUCAUCGCACAAGAAAUCUUCAUUUUAGAGGCUUAGAAGAGAAACCUUCAUUUUUCUUUUUAACCAGACAUACUACUAUUGAUAUUCUGUAGGACUAAACAAGGAUUAACUUUUGACAUUUUUAAAGGGGUCUUUUGAAGACUGCAGGGAUGCUACCUUCAAGAAGUAAUAAUCAGCUUGGACUCAGUGCAAAGACCCACCCAAACUAGAGCAUUGUGAGAUGCCAGAGAGCUGAAUUUUAAUGAAAUGCCAGACUAUUUGCUGCUACAAGUAAAGCCCAUUGAGGUCAAUGGAGCUGUUCUCAGUUUAGCCCCAGUAAAAAAUUAGACCCUUGUCAUUAAAAGCUAAUUGAAAACUACAGGCUCUGCAUGACCUCAGGGAUGGAGGUGUCUGUCCAUAGCACCUACAAGGAAACCAGUGAGGAGAGGGAAUGGGAAGAGACGGGUCAGUGAAAGCCUGGGAAAGAAAGAAAUCCUUCACACAAGAGGAAGACAAUCAUCUUUAUCAUUCCAGCCUUGACUGAGCAGCCUUCUGUGUAAGCUCACUUUUUGUGGGCUUGAUACCACAAGCAGUAUCAUGAACUCACAAAUGACUGGCCCUACAGCAGGACCACAUGGUUCAACCCUGGCAGCACCCUGUCCAGGGACUGGUUGUUGUUGGGAGGACACUACUGGCUUAUGGGCCAUCAGUUACCUUUGACAGUGUCAGUCUCCAGUCUUACUGGAAAUCUGCAGUUAAGGCCAUUUUAGGAUGCAACAGUUCUGGUCUAAACACCAUAUUUCACUUAGAAUCUCCUCUUCCUUCUGUUUUUCAACUACUCCUGAGUACCAUUAGUCACCCUUAGGCUCAUGCAACCGCUGGGAUUCGUUUGUAUCAAUUUUGUUGUGACAGACAGACGACAUAUCUAUUUUCUCCAAUUAUUUCUGGUUCUCUGGUGGUGGGUGCACAGAAUUGCUCUCACAUUGAAGCAUUCCCCACUGAUGUGUUUGGGUUGGGGGCAGCAUCUCUAUAUUACUUAGAACUCUGAAGCCAUGAUACUGCACUCAGAAAGGCCAGCCACAGCUACCAACCAAAUUUGCUUUCCAGCUAGAUUAGCAUUAAGAUAAUGCCCCCAAUAAAUGCAGAAAAUGCCUGCUUUCUAUCAGGCCAGUGAAGCAGUUCUUAAAUGGAGAGAAAACACUGACCUAGGCACUGCUGCACGUGCUGCUCAGUGACAACUCCAUGCCCAAUGUGGCAUGCCAGGCGGUCUGUGCUACAUGCCAGCUGCUUGGCAUCUCAUCAUGCCAGGGAACAGCCCCAGUUCUUCCUUCUGCCAAAGCAUGGGACAACUGCUUGAGCUGUGCUGUUUUGCCAGUCACUGACCCCAUGGCCACCCCAGUCAGUGCUCUCCAGGGAAACCUUGGUGGGCACCAGCAGUUGCUAAAAAUCAAGAAAGCCAUGGGGUUUCCCUUAAAAGAAAAAUGUGAUAUUCAACUGCAAAUACAAACUGGAAAAUGCAAGUUUCCUGUGACUCUCCCAGCACAUGUGUAUCAAGUUGCUUUUGUAGUUGGAAAUUGAAACCAACUGUGACCCAGCUUGGGAAAGAGCAGAAUAUGACAGCUUUCUCCAUGGCCUUGCACUUCAGUUAUGUUUUAACCUGGGCAAUGUGGGGAAGCAAUGGGGAAUCCAGCUCAGCUUGUAUAUAACAAAGGGCAGAGUGUCAUGCCUCUGCCUAUAGCCCAGCAAAUCCUGCACGUCUUGCACAAUCCCUUCAUUGGGCUACAUUGGGCUGACCCAAGGGGCAUGCAUCAGCAGAUGUUUUCUCCCCAUUUAAGCAACUUUUCCACACCCUGGCAUUUUGGGGUGAUAACAGCAACAUUAGCCAUAUAGUAGUGUACUUAGAGUCUUACAUUUUUUGUAACUUUGAUUUAGUCAUUCUUUGUUGAAGUUUAUUGACCUCUCCAAUUGUUUCCGUAAACAAAUUAUUUAAGAAAAAAAAAAAAAAUCAAUGUCUUUAUAUGCAUGUAGUAGUAUGAAACUGUGAUCAAUGUGUGACAUUCAGAACCUGUACUGUCUUGUAAAAUAUGUCCAAAUGUCUAAGGAUUUUAAAGCAAUGGUCCCUUACUACAGACUACAGAAAUAAAUAAAAAGGUAUGGAUAAA